AGUGAAAGCUGUUAGUAUUGUUUUUGUUUAAUAUUGAGCGAAGGAGAAGGUAAAUGCGGUCUCAGUGGGUUGUGGAGAAGAACAACUUGCGGUUUAUGGAAGGAGAGUUAUUUUCAACGUAUGGUGUCUUACAAUGAAUCAGUCUCUUUGUAGUAAGCAUCAGGUAUCUUCAUACUGUUUCGAUGUUAAUUGUUAAGUGUCAACAGUUCUAGCGUGCAACAGUUUUAUAAACAUUCGAACAUUUUAAAUUUUCAAUAAAUCCCAAGAUCAUCUACUGGUUGCUUCGCCCAAGUUUACAACGCUUCAUCAAGUGAAAACAUAAGCAAUGAUCGUAAUGUUGUUGAAGUUGUAGGAACAGUUGGACCUGAAAUAAUAAUGAAUGACAUAAUCACUCAAACUGUUUAUGGAUUUCUUGAUUUUACAACAACAAUUGGUAAUACCAAAAUGAUAUUUAGUCCCCUGAGUGCACCACCACCAGAAAUAGACAAAAAGAAGGAGCCGCCUACAACAACUACAACUACAGAAUCUGCGAUUGAAACGAAACCAACAUUACUAAAAAAAAAUGCUGAAAUCCAACCAAGUAAGCCACACAAACUUAAUUUUCAAGAGGAAUUAAAGUAUAAAGGAAAAAAUGUUAAAAUUGUUGUUAACUCAAUCGUUCACGAGAGCGAAUUCAAGGAACCAACAACUGAGGUACCAAAAGUUGAAGCCGAACCAAGCCAAGGUGCAGUGUUAUCCUCAAUUGUUGAAGUUUUGACAUCAGUUGAGCAACCAAUUAAAAAUAAUAUUGCUGAACCAGAAUAUGAUUAUUUGUCUAAACAGCCAACUGAAAUCAUCGACGAGACAUACAAGGUAAUUAAUUUGAAGCCGUCUUCCAAAAUCGCAUCAAAACUACGUCAAUCAUCAAAAAAAGAACGAGAAAAUCUGACAGGACUUGUUACACGCAUGGGUGGGACAAUAGUUAAAGAUGGAUUAACAACAGUUCAUGAAACUUCAGUUAUCGGUACUUACAUUAAUGGAAAAUACGCUCAAGUAUUGCAAAGUGCUUCGAAAAUAUUGAAGCCCGGAGCACCGGCUUUGGCUGAUGGGAAAAUUCGUGCAUCGAAUUCGCAGAAAAUUUUGAAAACAAUUGGACCCCAGCAUGGUAAAUUGAAGCCUCAGUUGGAGCCAACACCAGCAGUUCAACAACAAGAAGAAUCAUCUUUGCCACUUGAAGGACUUUUUCAUUCACCUACUGGGCAAUCAAAUACUAAGCCAGUCAUGAAGGGUUCUGUGAAUCAACCAGUGCGUUCAAAAUUCAAAAGUAAGAUGUUAGAAGAUGGAGAAAAUUUUGAUCCGUCACAACAGUUGAAAAAUUCGAAUAAAAAUCGCCCAGGAACAGCCAGACCAAGUUACAAAAAUCGUGCACCAUUAACAUCAACAACAACAUCAACAACGGAAGCAGUCCCAACCGCUCGUCGCCGUUCUGGUUUCCGUCCCAACACAAAUCAUCAAUCAAGCCUCUCUUCGAAACCACUUCGUCAAAAAUCCGAACCAAAUACUCCAUUCAGUCCCGUUCCAAAGGUGAAGCUACCUCGCACUCAGGGUCGGUGGUCUUACAAAACCACCCCGAAGCCACGCAUAGCAAUCAGAAAACAGUCUGACGACGAAGAAAAAGUAGUACCCGGAACAGACACACCAACGCCGCCAACAAGUGAGGCAGUUUUAACUUCAAUGAAUGAUGACAAAUCUUCACUUCCAGCACAGAAAAAAUCUCAAGAAGGUGUCACGUCUAAUGAAGAACUUGACUCGAGUGAAACUGAAGAAGUGUCACAAACAAGUGUACGAAAUGAUGAACAACCAGAGCUAAUUCUACCAGUUGAUACAAUUAAUGUACAAAUUUCAACACCAGCUGACUUCAAUGAUGUUUAUUUUGAAAUUGCAACAAUUAAAUCACCAUAUACAUUCCAGGUGGGAACCUUGAAAAAUACUCGAUACAUAACUUUGACGUCUACAUUCAAAAAAUCAUUUGCAACUGAAGAGGUAUCAUCGAUGACUACUUCAACCGAGCCACUUACUGAAAAUAUUUUGGCAAACACUGGCGCAGCAUAUGAGACAUCCCUUCCUUUGGAUUCUUCAGUUGCAACUCUUCCUGCUAUAACUUUAGAAUCUGGACAAGCAACCCCACCAUUAGAGACUUUAACAGAAACAUUUACAACAACCCAAACAUUACUAAAAACUCAUUUGCUUCCAGUUGUUUCUAGUGGAAACACGACGACGUUAACUCUAGUGCAGACCUACAAUAUCGCGCGAAUGGUCACAGCAACAAAAACCCUUCCCCCUUCGGAAUUAUACCAUUUCAUCCCAUCGAAAACUUUGAAUGAAUUCAAUUCAAAAUUAGAUGAAGCAGGAAGUGAGCUACAUCUUGAACUUGAUUUCGGUGAUGAUCGUGAUGACGAUGAAGAUAUUCCGAAACGGGUUGUGGUACCUAGUAAUGAUGAUUCUGAUUUAAGUGUUUCGAAAAUCUCUCAAAAACAGACAUCAACAUUGAUACCAACAUUAGCCCAUGAAUCACAAUUACGAUCCGAGCAAGUACAACAACUUGCAUUGUUAAAAUUCUUCAGUCAACAACCACAACAACAAAUAAUAACAACAUCACGACCUGUUAUUGUUUUGGAAACAUUAUUCGAGUCUCACGUCAUACCAUUGGUUAACAAUGGAAACACUGUAUUUUCAACUCUUUCGAGACCGAUCGCAACAGUUUCAAGAACAAAUUAUGAAUAUGGCACAUCAACACUAACACCAAUCAUUCCUCCUCAUAUACCACACUUACAGCAAAUGCCACAGGUACCUCUUUUUCCACCGCAGCAACAAUUUACCGUUACAACUGCUCCAAUAGUAACACAAACAUUGGCAACUAUUUCGGACUCAAGGGUUUUAAAACUCACCUUUGGUGCUAAAACAGCAUAUACAACGCUGUUUUCAACGAGAGUUGUGCCAACCGAUUUAACAACGUAUGUUACUUCUACUAUUGCUGUGCAACCAACUGUACCUGCUUUUGCUGGAUAUUUUCCACCACCUGUUGGAUAUCCGGGAUAUCCAUAUGUUGGAUAGAUUGCUUUUUUCUCAGAAGUUAAUACAAGACGGAAAAUUUUUAUUAGAAUUUCAUUCUUCCAAGCAGUGAAACGCUAAGCUUCUUAUCGUUUGUUUAUUUAUUACUGUUUUUUUUAAUUAAUUACAGCGUUUUUUGUUUUCAUUUGCGUAGUUUAUCAGUGAGAGGUGAUUUGUAUCCAUGGGUACACGGAGAGAAUCUUGCAGUAAACGAGAGGUGUCCACCAUAGAAGCAUUACGUACAAGACUUUUUAUUAUAGCCACUUAAUUAUGGGGGAUAUUCCGAUAUCCCAGACAACUCGUUUUUUUUUUUUGUUGGUUUCUUACAGGAAAUUUUCUCACGAUCACGGGCAAAAUAUGGAAAAGAUUCCUGAGAAUGCGCAAAGUAGUCAAAAAUGGAGUUAAAAUAUGGAAAAAAAUGGCUAUGUAUAUCUAGUAACUAUACGAUACGUCACCGAUAAAUAUGAUGUGUUGUCCCAUGUUGUCUGGGAUAUCGGAAUCUUGCCGAUUGAACUACACAACAUAUAUAUAUUCACAGACGUGUGGCGAAGGUGGAUUGAGUUUGAUUGAGUAAAAAUACAAUGGGCAUAUAUGCAGCUUAAGGUACAUUCUCAGCUAGAUUUUGUGGGCGUGUCCUAAAUAAAAUCCUAUGCUUUUUACAUUGAAGAUUUUGUCAUACCAACCCCAAAAAACCAAAAGUUUAAACUUUUCGUGAUCAUUUUUUUUGUGUUCACAAUUUAUUUUUUCCAUUAUUAAUCAAUGUUAUGCAAUAUAUUCCAAUAAAAACCAAUCAUAUAUCGAUUAAAACAAUUAUUCUAUAAUAUUUAUUCAUUUCAAUAUUGCGCACGAAAUUUUUUUUUUGUUAGUAUGCAUCACUGAUUUGCAUCAAUAUCGAGUUUUUUAUUUAUAUCCAAUUAAUAUUAAUAUUUAUUAUCAAUCUCAAUUUUAUAUAGUUAAUAAAAACAUUUUUAAUAAUAUUUUCAUUAAUAUUUGCAUUUAUGAUGCUCCGUUGUUUUGUAAUCAAGUUUCUUUUAUGCUAGUUUAAAUUUUCCUGCUUUUUGAAUAUUAUGGCUCUUCAUUAGGAAAUCAGUAAAAAAACAACUUUUUACCACAUAUUUUUAAAUAAUAUUCAAAAUCAGUACUAUAACUCCAUAUGAACCAGAUAUUAAAAAAUUCCUUAUAAUUUUCACUUCUAUCUAUCAGUUUUUUAAUAAAAUCAUAUAUUUAGAAAUGUAAUUUAGUUAUGAUCAAAAAAAUUUCAAACAUCCCCUCCCAUAAGAGCCCAUAUUUAACCUUUCUAAAAGUAGCCAACUUCAAUUAAUUAUUAUAAAAAAAAUAAGUCUAUAACAUAAUAUAUUAUUUUACAAAAUGAUUCAUUAAUAUUUCAAUUACAUACUGUAUAAAUUUCAAGAAAUUCUUAUAUUCGGAAGGUAGCUAAGAAUGUACCUUAAAAGCAGAGCAUGUACAGUAUUUUCAGAUUACAGACUCAAUCGCAAGGAAUGAGAUUACACACUGCAAAAACUGCGCCUUUGGAUUAUAGGCACUGUUCCAUUGGAUUCAUGGAGCACUGCUCCGCUAAAGUUGUUCCUUUGAUUUCUUGGUUCUGUACCUAUAUAUUUGUUGAGCAGAUUUCGGCGUUUUGGAGGCAUGCGCAAACACAACUACAUUAUAUUUUUUCUCUCUCUCUAUUUGUACUUUUAUAUCUGUCAUGUCAUGAUAUUUACAUCAUAAAUAUUCAUUUAUAAAUUAUUAUAAAUAUUCUAUAUAUCUUUAGUUAUUAAAUUUAUCGAAUAUUUAACAUAUAUGCAUUCAUAUAUAUGUUAAUUGUUUAAUAGUUACUGAUAUAGAGAGGUUAUGUUAUGUGUAUGCGUGUCUCUUUCUUAAUUCGAGUGACGGCUCAGGCUGCUCAACGAAUACAGUUGAACAGUACCUUUGAAUUAACAGAGCAACUGGACCGAUAUCGGUGCUCCUUGAAUAUCAUUGAGCAGCGCUUAAUAAAAUGUGCUCCAUGAAUCCAAUGGAACAGUGCCUAUAAUCCAAAGGCGCAGUUUUUGCAGUGCAACUCAUCUCAUUCCCACCUAUCUUAACAUAAUUAGGCAAGAUUAAUUUUGGAAAUUCUCACAAGAGACCCUUUUUUUCUGAAUUUUCUUUUACGGAAUAAAGUAUACAGCAUAAAAAAUGUCUUAAAAGCAGAAACUAAAAAUUUACCGAGGAAAAAUCAAGUUUUAUUUUAUUUUUUUGAAAUCAAAAACUUAUAAAAUACUUAUUUUGAAAAAAAACAUUUUUUUUUCUGAAAACAAAAAUUUUUUUGGGUGAAAAUAAAAAUUUUAAAGAUCAAAAAAAAAUUUUAUGUUUCUAGGCCCGGAUUUUUGCGAUGCUUAAAAUGCAUGUAUUGUGCACUUUAUUCUGUAAGAAAAAAUUCAGAAAAAAAGGGUCUUUUGUGAGAAAUUCCAAAAUUAGUGAUAUUUAAGAUGAAAUGGAGUCUAAAAAAAUUAAUGAAAAAAUUCAAAAAAAUUAGAAGCUCAAUUUCAGCCCAAAAUCAACCAAAUAGCUCAUUUUGUCAAAGUUUCAGGGAGUCAGGCAGAUGACCCCGUGAUUUGACUAAGAACGCCCUAUAUAUAGGUAUAUAUUGGUACAUUCAUUUCUUACCAUAAACAACUGGUUUUUUUAGUGCUAUAUGGGGAAUAAAGAUUUUUGCGGUAAUAAACGAUCUUGCGUGCAAGAUGUGCCCGGAUUUAGAGUUUAAAGCCUCAUCUAUUCACUAGACGACUAUGUGAAGUUAUUGACUUUACUCUAUAUUUCUCUCCGUGUGCAGUCAUUCUCUUCAAUAAAAAAAAAAAAAUUCAAAA